GAUAUUUAGACUAACCUUCAGCAUUGUAAACAAUUCACCAGUCCUUUCAUCCAUUCAAAUUUAUUAGACCGCCUUUGUUAAAAAGUAGAUCUAGAAUCUAGCUCUUCUUAGUCUUACAAUGUCAAGUACAGCCGAAAUAUUCAACGAUUUCCAGACAUACCUCAACACUGAACAUGAUUUAAGAGAGGAAAUCCGAACAGUUGUUAGAGAUUUGGAACAAACAGCUCGUGAAAUUCAGACAGCCUUGCAAGUCAUUCACCAACCAUCUCAAGGUCUCAAUAUUUGUGGUCUUUGUGAUAAUGUUGGGUUACUGUUCAAGAAAAUACAAGAGCAAUAUGCAUUUUUGGCAAGCAAAGUUCCUGAAAACCAAUAUUACAGAUUUAAUGACCACUGGAAAUUUGUAACACAGCGUUGUGUGUACUUAAGUGCUCUUGUUGUUUACUUGAAAGAGGAGCGUUUGAUCUCAAGGGAAGAAGCAGCUGAUCAAAUAGGAUUAAAAGUAAAAAGAGAAGAUGGAUUUCAUAUGGAUUUAGAUGAUUAUCUAAUGGGGAUUCUCAGCCUUUCCAAUGAACUUUCUCGCCUAGCUGUAAAUGCUGUCACUGCAGGAGAUUAUUCACGUCCACUCAGAAUUUCACAUUUUAUUGGAGAACUUGAUUCUGGCUUUAGGUUACUAAACUUAAAGAAUGAUGCUCUGAGGAAAAGAUUUGAUGGCUUAAAAUACGAUGUGAAGAAAUGUGAAGAGGUCGUGUAUGACUUGACCAUUCGUGGGUUGGUGAAUAGAGAGGUUAAAGGUGAAUAGUGGACAGUAUCAUUUCCUUCUGGCAGCUACUGACACAGUCAACACUGGGGUC